GUAUAUACACGCCAUUGAGAAUUCUUUCAGAAAUUUUUUAAAUUAAACAUCUUUAGUUUUGUCCGAUUUCAAAUGUAAUAGCGCUUCAUUUUCACGCAUGCGCAUUGCGUUUUAGGCUUUGCUAUAUCAGUGUCCACCGGAGGAACGUUGCACCACCAUAUUAUACAGAUAACAAUGGAUUCUAUCGUAGUAAAUUGACAUUUUCCUGUUAGCGUUUCUUAUAAUUAUUAUUUUUUCUUUUUUGUUCUUACUUUGUGUGUGUGUGUGUGUGUGUGUGUGUGUGUGUAUGUGGGCAAAUUUUUAUUUAUCGUUAUUACAUUUCUAUUAAACAUUGUCUGUUACUUUAGAAUUAAUGAUGAGAAACGCAAAAGUUAAAAGCUCAAGAACAGGAAGUUUGGGAAGCUUUAGCGAUGGUGGUGGAUUAUUCGAUGUUGUUGUACGACCAAUGCUGCAAAAAGGACAUGAGGGAGAAUUAUGCAGUUGGUUAAAAGAAAUGAGUUUAAUUCGUACAGUUUCCAAUUGUCCUCAUUUGGAAUGUAAUGGACGUAGUUUAGCAUGGAAUCCUGCAAGAAUCAUAGACAAAUAUAUUUGGUCUUGUCCUGACUGCUUGAGAAAGCUGUCAAUAAGAGAAAAAUCUUUCUUUUUUGGAAUAAAAUGUGACCUGAAAAUGUGCCUUCAAUUGAUACUAGGAUGGUGUCAAAAUAUUCCUUGCGAAAUUACUGCUUCAUACUUAGAUAUCAAGAAACAUGUAGUUAGGAAAACAUAUGAACGUUGUGAUGAAAUUUCUGCAAUCUAUGUAAAGAAACAUCCAGAGGAUUGGUUAUUAGGAGGUGAAGGUGCAAUAUUAAUAGUGGAUGAAUUCCCUAGUGGUUAUAUGACAGAACGUCAACCAGAUUUGAAUUCUGCCAAAAAACGCAAUAAUAAUUCUCACACAAUAAUAUGCAUUGCGGAAGCGAAUGCUAUACCGCCUCGCAUAUGGUUACAUAUGAUCGAAGCUGUACCAGAGCCACAGAAGAUUGACAAGCAACAAAUAGGGGUCAACAAAUGUAAUAUGGUGAAAGAAGCUCUGAAGGAAAUUGUAAAGCAUGCAGUGCCAGGAAGUUAUAUAGUAGCAAAUGAUCGUGUUUGCUGCUGUAAUUAUGAAUCAUUACAAAGUUUAAGGCAAUACAAGAUUAUCAGUAUUGAGCAAUUACAAAAGUUUGAUCCACCUGGUCAAAGUAAACUUCUUGACAAUCUUGAAACAAUUUGGCAAAGCGCCAUUGAAAUCUGUGAGGAAGUUCAAGAAGCUACGCACACUUCAGGCCAAUAUAUCAUUGCUAGACAUUUAUGGAGACAGAAAUUUGGAACAUCACUCUCUACGGCUUUUCAAGAUAUGCUAAAUCACAUUGCAGAAUAUUACCGAUUUUCUUAAAAUUAGGCACAAAUAUUGAAUUUCUUUUUGGAUCGCAACAUUAUAACAUCUCUCAUACAUGACAAAAAUUACUGCAAAUAACACUCAAUUUUUUUAUGAGCAUACAUAGAAGAUGGAUAUUGAUUGAGAAAUUAGAUCUUAUAUAUAUAUAAUUUUCACAAAUUGCCUUAUAUAUAAAAUGACGAAUAUUCAUAUGAUAUAUAUUCUAUAAGAUUUAUUUUUUAUAUGCAUAACAAAGUAAAAAUUAGAAAUAACUAUACUGUUAAGUCUUCCAAGUACUAUUAAGAUAUUACUUUGCAUAUAAAAUUAUAUAUAUUGACAAUAAUUGUUAAGAAAUUAGAAUUAUAAUGAUAAAAAGAUAAAUGAACUAAAAGAGAGAAAGUAAAGGCGGCAAGAUUUAUAAGAAAUUAUAUCUAAUGUUUUUACAUCUGUGCUAAUAUUGACAGAACUUAUUGCAUUGAAAGACUGAGAGUGACACUAUCAAUAGAAUAUAUACAAAAUAAUUUCACCUAAUAAUAUAGCAAUAUUAGGAUAAAUUAUAAUAGCACAUAUAUUAUUCAUAAUUUGUUUUCUAAUGGAAGAGAUAUUAAGUGCUAUAAUCUUAGGUAAACUUUCCUCUUGUAUACUUUCUUUUUUCUUUCUAAUGUUCUCUCUCAAAUGUUUAAGCAUGCACAAAAUUAAAUUUUUAGUAUAACUUUAUAUGUUACUAUAUUGUUGUCAUAUGUAUGUUUGUUUAUAAUGUUAUGUAAUUGUUGGACAUAAUUUUACAUCUAUAAAGAAAGAGGACAACAAAUAGUGAACCAAUCAAUUUUUUUUAUGGAGACAAUUCUGUAAUUUUUUAACAAUUUAUCGAUUACUUAUAAUCUAUCACUAGAACAUUAUAAUUAAAAAUAAAUAUUUUCUCUGAAAGAUAUUAUAAGAUAGACUGUAAUGAGAAAAAUUAAAUAUUUGCUACAAAUUUUACUAAUAUGAUUUUUUACCAAUUUUUGAUGAAAUUGAUAAUAAAGUGUAAAAAUCAAA